UCUCCUGUACUGACGGCGUCUUCAAAGCAGAAUUGGAUGAGUUUCUGCGCCGGGAGUUGGCUGAGGACGGGUACAGUGGUGUGGAGGUCCGCAUGAGUGCCACGAGGACUGAGAUCAUAAUACUGGCCACAAGAACGCAGUCCGUGUUGGGCGAGAAGGGCCGCCGCAUCCGUGAGCUCACGAGUGUCGUCCAGAAGAGGUUUAACUUUGAAGAGGGGACCGUUGAGGUGAGCACUCAUUUCACACUACCUGUGCCCCGCAUGUACGCCGAGAAGGUGGCGGACAGAGGUCUGUGUGCUAUCGCACAGUGCGAGUCACUCCGGUAUAAACUGAUCGGAGGUCUGGCCGUCCGGCGCGCCUGUUAUGGUGUCCUCCGAUUCAUUAUAGAGUCGCAGGCCGUGGGCUGCGAAGUCGUGGUCAGCAGGAAGUUGAGGGGACAGAGGGCUAAGAGCAUGAAGUUUGUGGACGGGCUGAUGAUCCACUCGGGACAGCCCACCAACGACUACGUGGACACCGCUGUCAGGCACGUACUCCUCAAACAGGGAGUG